AUGCGAAAGCAGCAAAGCGAAAAGCAGCAAAGCAAAAAGCAACAAAGCGAAAAGCAACAAAGCGAAAAGCAGCAAAGCAAAAAGCAGCAAAAAGAUGAGGAGAAAGCUAAUAAAAGUGUUAAUAUAUUUAAUUGCACUUCAAAUAGUUCAGUUCGUACUAACUUGAUUUUGGAAGAUAUAGUAAAUUUACAAGAUCCAAUCUUUCAAGAAAGAGAUAUUCUAUACGAAACUUCAAAUGAUAAUCUAAAUAAUAAUAUUGAAAACAGCAUCAACAUAGAUUUAAAUCCUGAAGAACUCAUUGAUACUAUUUUGAACAAUGAAUUAGAUUAUUAG